CCGCCUCCGCGCUUCCCCGCGGCCUCUCCGCGCUUCCCCGCGCCGCCGGGCCGGGCCGGGCCGGGCCGGGCCGGGGUGCGGCGGGGAGCGGGGCCGGUGCGAGCCAUGGCGCUGCCGGUGCUGUCGAGCUCGGGGGUGAAGUUCCGCCGGGUUCUGGCGCACUUCCCUCAGGAGCUCAGCCUGGCCUUCGCUUACGGCUCCGGCGUCUUCCGGCAGGCGGGGGCCUCGGCUGAGCACGGCGAGGACAAUAUGCUGGACUUCGUGUUUGCUGUUGAUGAUUCUGUGACCUGGCAUAUGAUGAACUUGUUAAAGAACAGGAGUCAUUAUUCUUUCCUAAAAGUUUUUGGGCCAAAACAGAUAAGUAGUAUGCAGAGCUAUGGAGCGGGGGUUUACUACAAUACUUUAGUGCCAUGUAAUGGUAGGAUGAUAAAAUAUGGUGUGAUUAGCACUGAUACCCUGAUUGAUGAUUUAUUUCACUGGAAAACCCUCUAUGUUGCUGGACGCCUACAAAAACCGGUGAAAAUACUGACACAGAAUGAGAAUGGCAAGCUGCAAGCUGCUCUUGUUAGCAAUCUGAAGAGUGCAGUCACAGCAGCCUUCCUCAUGCUACCAGAAAGUUUCUCUGAAGAAGACCUCUAUGUCCAGAUUGCAGGACUCUCCUAUUCUGGUGAUUUCAGAAUGGUAAUAGGAGAAGACAGAUGGAAAGUGCAGAACAUAGUGAAACCUAAUGUUCCCCAUUUUCAGAAGCUGUACAGUAACAUAUUACAGGACUGCCCUCAAGUGGUAUAUAAGCACCAUCUGGGAAGACUAGAGAUUGAUAAAAGUCCAGAAGGUCAAUUUACACAACUAAUGACUUUGCCAAGGACUCUGCAACAAAAGAUAACUUCUCUGGUAGACCCUCCUGGAAAAAACAGAGAUGUGGAAGAAGUUUUAAUGCAAGUUGCCCAUGACCCUGACUGUGGAUUUGUGGUGCAUCAAGGCAUUUCGGCAAUUGUGAGAUCUUCCAGUAUAGUGCAGAGCGCUAAAACCAUACUAACAGCUGGGGCAAAGAAAUCUGUAACUUACAGUAUGAAGAAAUUAUAUAAAAUGACAAAGGGAUGGUUAAGGAAGACAUCUUGAGUCUUGACAUACUGUGUAUGGGUAAAUAAAUGAUGUGUGACAUUCUGAAUCCAAAAACUUCGACAAUGACCUUGUGUGGGAAAGAGUGUUUGAAAUGAGAAGUCUGUCAGGUAUCAGAUCCUUUCAUAAAAAUUGUAUUUUCUUUCAUGAGACUGAGAUGAUAACUGCCCAACUUAUGGCUAUGCAUUUCAGAAGUGUCAUAGUUGGAAGGAAAAUCAUACUUUCAUUGACCUUCAAGACCUACUUGUGCAGAUUUACAAAAUGUGUGUUGUUUGGCAGAAGAUUCUAAGUGCUUUAAAGUUGGGAAUUUUAUGAACAAAAAUACCUGCUGUUUGGUUCUUUGAUUAUUAUUUUUUUUCCUGAAAGUACUGUCCACAAAGGUAAAACUUGAUCUCCCUUGCUUUAAUUAAAUUAGCUUAACUAAAUAAAAUUGGUCUUUUAUAUAACGUGUUACAUUAAUCAUGCCAUUAAAGAAUGGACGUUUCUGGCGGUAUUCAUGUGUGAUGCAAUAAAUUUGGAGCAUCUGUUGUAAAUAGAAUAUUUUUUGCACUGAGUCAGGUGGGUUUGCUAAUUUGGGGUGCUUUUCUUCAUAGAAAAAAAAUGAGGAAACACUUCAUUUUAUUUGUGAGAGUGCCUGAUAAAAAGAAUAUCAAGGUAAAAAAAAUGAAAUAAAAUAUAUACUACCUGAUUAGCAUGUAUUUUUUUUUCCUUGUGUAUUAUGUUAUCAGUAGGGCUAGCUCUCAAGCUACAUUUGAUUUAGUGAUCUCACUUAAAAAAAAAAAAUUGGAAUGAAAUUGGCUGCUAAUUGUUUCCAGGGAGAGAAAUUCAAAGCAUAAAUUUCAGAAAGAAGACAGAAAAUAUAUCAUUAUAUGUAAUAUGACUCAUUCAGGCUUACUUUAAUCACAGAGGAACUUUUAAAAUAUUGAUUAUUUGAAAAUAUUUGAGUUUAAAGUGGUAAAAUUUGAAUCCAGAGUCAGGAAAUAAAUGUCUUUUUUUUUCUUUUUUUUUUUUUUUUUUUUUUAUAUUCUUGGAAAAUAUUAUUACCGUAAAAUAAGGUCAUAGACAGAUUCCUAACAUUUGCAUUAUGUGUUGAUAGAUCUAGAAUCUGUAAGACAGAUCCCCUCAAAUGUCCCUUUUCUGAUAUUAGGAGGCUGACUAACCUUUUUAUGGUGGCAUAUUCUGCAAAAGAAGUGACUUCAACUAGAGAAUGUCUGUAUGUAUGGUACUAGUAUUCUCUGUCCCUAUUAGUAAAGGGCCAAAGUCCCCGAUGCAAAAAGAUUAUAAGAAAUAGAGCUAGGGAAUUUAAGCCACUCACUGCUUAAAUGAAAUUAACCCUGGGUUUUGGCUAUUUUUUUUUUGUUUGUUUGUUUUUUUUUGUUUUGUUUUGUUUUGUUUGCAUGAAGAGGUUGCUUUCUGGAUAAUCUAGAAGUCUUUUAUACAAAAUAUACCCUAUCCACCUUAAAAUUGACUUCAUAUGUAGUGAAGACUUGAAAUUGC